AUGUCUGCGUACUCGCCGUCGGCCAGUCUGCCGUUCAUGCCCAUGCCAGGGCUGCCGGCCUACCCGCUGCUGUUUCGAUCGGAGACCGAAAUCCCUUCAUUCUUCGUUCAAUAUCGGUGGUGGGAAGACGAGGCCGCGACGGUUUUCUGGGCCUUCGACCCCCGGGAAAUCCAGCGGGUGAUCCGGUUUGGACUCUAUUCUAACGCUAACCUCCCCCGGACGAUUCUCCAGAAUCGUGAUCCCCAUACCAUCAGCGCAAUCCUGGUCUCGCUCGUGGACCCGGAGGAGACGCCCUUUGUGGACAGCCUGUCCCCUCUCCAGAAGGUCGAGGAGAUCCUCCGACGGUGCCGGAUGACCCGUCCUCCUCUCGUCUCCUGGGACUGGUUCCCGACCCAGCGAGAUCGAGACAUGACCCCUCGAGCAAUUGCGGAGGCCAUCGAUGCAGAGAGCCAUCUUCAUUUCACCCGGAUCUCGUUCGAGGGGCUGGUCCGCUACUCCCUGACCUUCACGGAACCAUCGGUGGAAUGGUUUCUAAAACAGCAUACGGCGCUCUAUAUUCACCUAAUUCACUAUCUGCAGAUGUUCCCGGAGGAUCUGCCCCGGUACAUGGAGGUAGAACAGCAUCUUCGUUCUCGCAGCCCAUUUGCCCACCGGGCAGUGCACCAGUGCCUCCGUGACCUCAGACAGGCGGUGCCGGUGAGAACAUCGUCCCCGGGCUUUGAAUUCAUUUCGGGACCCAUUCAACAACUCUUCCUCACAUUUCCACCGAGUCUCAAAGAUGUUUUGAAGGUGCUCUCCGUCCUGGCAGCGCGUUUCCAACGAACCUACGUACAUGUCCGGGAGAUGAACUGGACAAAGCCCUUUAUGGUUGACUUUUCUUUUCUGGAGGGCUUGACGGCAUCGACUUCGGCCGACGACUUUGCCAAAACGAUCACCGGUGUCGACCAGGACUGUUUUUCGGGACUGAGCCAGAAAAGCUUUGUGGAGCCGGAUGCCAUUAUCAAACGACUGCUCGUGACGUGGGAGCUGCUGAGCAUGGCGGUGUGGGAGUGCUGCUCCGGGCUGCCCGAGAUGAUCGGAUACAUCCAGGAGGUUGUGCAGUCUUUGUACAAUCGUCACGACUACCAUUCUUUCGCGGCGAUCCUCAGCGGCGUCUGCAAAUACAACAACUCGUUUCUGAAGAUCCACAGCAACAACACAACGACGCCGAACCCGGUGCUCCCUCAGUUAGCGGGCCUGUUGGACCCGGCGGAGAACUUCGUGGCCUACCGACAGGAGUUUGAGACGCGGCCAGGCAUCCCUUUUCUCUUCCCUCACAUUCGAGAGUACCAGCAGCACGGCCCGCCAGCCCUGCACCAGCUGUUCCAGCGGUUGCAGACGAGCAAUCUCCGGAGCAAUCUCCACUAG